AUGAAUUACUCUCCCGAUAACAGCAGCAAUAGCAGUAGCAGUAUUUAUCAUUCGUUUGUGGUAGAUUUUCAAAUUGCAAAAGUGAAGUCUUUCGCACAAAGAGAGUUAAAUGACAUGGUUAGGGGCCUAGCUUUGUCCAAAGAGGCAGCUGAGAUUUUGGACCCCCGUCUCAGUGACCACCGUGUUCUUGACUGCGAAGCUAAGCUAACAUUUUACCGUAUCAGAAAAGAACUUCUUUAUGGGUUAUUUAAUACCGACAAAAAAUUUAUUGCUGAUAAUUUUUCCUUUUGUCAAAAAUCUGUUUCUGGUAAUAUAUUUCCUUCAAAAUUAUCUAUCUAUCUAUCUAUCUAUCUAUCUAUCUAUCUAUCUAUCUAUCUAUCUAUCUAUGUAUUGGUUUGGGGUUAUUUAAUACCGACAAAAAAAUUUAUUGCUGAUAAUUUUUCCUUUUGUCAAAAAUCUGUUUCUGGUAAUAUAUUUCCUUCAAAAUUAUCUAUCUAUCUAUCUAUCUAUCUAUCUAUCUAUCUAUCUAUCUCAAUAAGCAAAGCGCAUCAGGCGUCGCGUUGGGUCGCUACUUACGGCCCAAUAUCUCGCUACUUGUGUCUGAAAAAGCCAUUAACUCAUUUAAUACAGAAACCAGUUUCAGACGUGACAUUUGAUCACUCAGAGGCUAUCAUAGUAAACGAAGUGUUUUCUUUUUUUUUCUGA